AUGAAAGAGGUUAAUUCAAGCAGGAGUAACCUCAUCAGUUCGGACGACGAAAAUGAAAACAUCGACGGAAAGCCGGUAGGUGGAUGUAGAAGAAUAAUUUUAACAGGUGGUAACAAAAUUAAUCUGUCUAAAAAUUUCCUCCAGAGGUAGUCGCGUCGAGUGACAAUUUCCUCGAAUAAGCUUAAGUUGAAAGUGCAUUUUAAUAUUCUAUUGAAACAAGAUAUUGUUAUUUGUGUAUGUGUCUGGCCAGUCGACUAAUAUUUCUUACCACGUCUUGUAGUCAAACACACCAGAAGCCAAAGCAUCAUGGAUUUACAGAACUUUCAGGAAAAGAACCUGCCAUUGGUUUAUUCCGUCCACUCAAAAUGAUUAUAGGUAAGCACAGGUUAAAUGCAACAGAAAAAUAAUAACUGAGAAAUUAUCAGAUCGGUCAGAAUUUUAAAUCCAUUGUAGCAACAAGACUUGUAGCAACGGAAGUCGAAGACGAGACCCCAAAGAGUGAUAAGCACCUCAUUUCUCCCUACAAUAUCAGCCCUAAAUCAAACAUUAAGGUCAAGAGAAUAAAAGAAAUUAUCUAAAACUCUAGAAGCUCUCAAUUUGUAGCUAAAUGCUCUUUGUUAGUGUAGAGAACAGUAUGGAAAACUUGCAUAUUGAUUUUAAGGCUUAGGGGGUUAGAGAACUCAAUCCUAUUGUGUCUGUGCGCACUCCGCUUUCUCCCGCCAUGACGCAUUCUUUUGUAAUAAUUCACUUGCAUGGUGACAGUCAAACGCUGAAAACCGCUCUAGAGGAGAACAGUCGUGCGUAUUCAGGUGUCACGCAUGCAGAUAUAAUCAAGCCUUUACACCUAAACAUCAUUGCGCAUAUUCUGCAUACUGUUUACUGUACUUCUCCUGGGGUGUUGACAAGGAGAAUUUGUUUGACAAUAUUAAGUACUGGCUUCUUUAGUUUGCGAUCGUUCUCCUUAUUGAAGGGGGCCAUUGGGAUUUUCGGUUUUGCGGUUUUGGCUAUUUUUUGGAUCGGUUUUUGUGCUAAAAAACUUCCGUUUUUAGGUUUUGGAGUUUAUUACGGUUUGCGGAUUUAUCGUGUUUCAGCAUGUGGUUUUCGGCUCUCGCAAAAAAUACUAACGGGUUUUCGGAUUUGAUAUCCGUUGCGGUUUUCGGAUUUUCCUAUUUGUCCUAUUUAGGUUCCGGUUUCUCUUCGAUCUGAUCGGCAAUUACGCGCCUCCACUGAUUAUUGAGAGGAAUACGUGACAAACCAAUUGAAAUAUCGUAGGGAUCCUUAGGGGUUUCACGCUUCUUUUAAUAACUGGGAUUUGAAAAUGUAUCGGUUUGGACAGUUUUGCAAGCGGAUUUUGGUUUUGAUCGAAUUUUUUGGGGGUUUUUCGGUUUUGAAUGAUAAUUUUCUACGGUUCUGCGGUUUCUAAUAGGCCCUGAUGCCCCGCCUCAUAUUCCCAUGACCUUCACGCUUUGACCCAUAACAGUGACCAGCUUCUAAUUUCUCCUUGCAACAUCACCUCUCAGUCAAAUGAGAGGUGAUGAAAUAAUCACCAAAUAAAGAGUUUUACCGGCUACAAAAGGUCCAAAGUUAUUUUACAAUCGGUAAUCUAUUGCAGAAUUCGGUAACUUUUAUAACGUCCAGCGCGCUUACCAUGCAUUAGGCUAGCUGCCGCUGUCCUCUAUUGAUCUCACUCGUUUUCUUCGGUUUCUCAUCCAGAUGCUGUUGUGGGCGCUUGAAGCAGCACCAUAACGGUGAAGCAUUGCUGUCGACUGGUAAAGCAGGAGACAAAUGGCAGGUAUCUAAACAUACUAUCACCAAACCAACCAAUGCCUAUGGAGAACUAGAAUUUCAAGGAGCCGGACAAGUCAGCCGAGCCAAGGUAAGGAAACAGUUGAUCUUACAAACGUUGUCUUUUCUUUCACGAUUAAAUAAAAUAAAUCCUAUUUCGACCUGCGGAUUACUUUCAAGUAAAUUGAUUAUUUUUCGCGGGAGCUGCGAUUAAAGAAAUCGCACGAUUUGAAUCACUUCGAGGCCUAAGUAUUUACGGGUUUCUUUUUAGGAAUUUCUAUAAUUGCAGCCCGCCAGUGAGGGACAUUUUUAUACUGGUACUUUCUUUUUUCCUAAAAAUAGAUGAAGAUGUUAAUCAUUCGUUACGACCCUGGUGAUGCCGUUGAGCAGCGAUAUCCUGCAAUUUCAAAAAAAAAUUUUAAUUUUAACAGUGGUUGAAAGCUUCAUUCUCACUCCAAUCUUACUAUUUUAGAAUGCCUUUUAAAGGACAAUAUGGAAAAGGAAAAUUGAUACAAAGAAAAACUUUGAUUUCCUCGGGAAGAUCUGAACUCUAAGCUAGUUACGAUGUCGCAGCUGGAUGUGCUAUCAACUGAGCUGCAAACAACCUACUUACGGCCAUGGGCGGGCAGUUGGCAUCAGACAAAGGGCAGCAGCGCGAGCAGCGGGCAGCAUGAACUAAGAAGGAGCCGUGUUUUUCUCCCUUCAUGAUUUUGCGUGAUUUGCUCUCCUAGUAAGCAUGUGAUCAUUCUGAUUUGGUUAAAGAAAGCGGAAAAAAGACUGCCGGGCAGGAUAAGCCACACGGUUAUCAUUCACGAACUAGGCGCAUAUAUUAGGUACAUAACUAACGAGCGUCCUGCCUACUAAUUUACAACAUUCUCUUUUCUUUUGUCUUUUCUUUGACCAGUAUAUCCGUGUAUCUCAGGACACAGAUCCUGAAAUGGCUCUGCGCCUUCUCUGUAAGGAAUGGAAGCUGGAGCUUCCCAAGCUUCUUAUCUCAGUGACUGGGGGCGCAAAGAAUUUUGUGCUUCAUCCGAGACUGAAGCAAGUGCUGCGACAAGGCCUUCUUAAGGUACAUUGAGAACUGAUUCGUUUACACAAGAGAUGUUUUGAUAUAUUCUGUAUCUGUAGCAAACGAAAAAGACCCCUAAAAACUCUCAAUUUCUACUCUGCCAUCUGUGUUUGAAACAGAGAACUUUUGGAGUCGACCCGCAGAACAGCGACUCAAUUCGUCUGAGUUUUCUUUGUUGCUUUGGUUAAACAUGCAAACCUUUCAGUGAAACUGAUAGCAGGGAGGGAAAAACUAUAAAUGAAUCGCGGCAUGUUUUAGUAGUGACGAGACCGAGCAUGCCGAGAAAAAAUAUAACACCUAGGUGUUUUCCAGUGUUUUACUUUCAUUUCAGUUGGUAUUUUUGCCUUGUCUUCACAGGCCGCGCAAACCACAGGAGCCUGGAUUAUGACUGGUGGCACGAACACAGGUGUGAUGCGUCACGUUGGGGAGGCUGUGCGAGGUAACACAGUUAUGUCACGUGGUGCCCAACUGAAGGACAAUACCCAGCAAGUUCAUUUGAUUGGCAUAGCGACCUGGGGAAUUGUGGAUCACAGAAAAAUUCUCGUCGGUAAUCAGGUGGAUUCUUAGCUAACAAUUCAGCGAAGCAAUAUUCGAAAAUCUUUGGAUCAAUGUCACUAUCUGGGCAACUGCGCACCUACCCUUCCCCUAACCCAGCAAAAGUCAACUGACGACAAGCAAGGGUUAUUGUUGGGUUAGGAGAGGGUUAGGAGCAAAGUUGCUCCGUUACUGACAUUGAUCCAAAUCCAAUUAAGCCCCUUUCGUGGGAACUUUUCAUCGACUUUCCUUCAUCCCCAGUGUAUCGCUAACCGUACUACAAAUGCUAUAAAACGUUAAUAAAAAACUAUCAGAGCUCUAGGAAUAAUAGUUAUAAUAAUAAUAGUAGUAAUAAUAAUAAUGACAAUUUGGCGGGAGAGUAGGAAAUGAUAACUUUUUAAAGUUUUCAAAAAAAAUUUAAUUCAUUUUAAACGAGAGUAGGUUAAUUUCAUGUGUAUUACGAUUAGCGAUGUCGAAAGAGUUGUCAGGGUGAGUUCUCAGAUUUCCUCUUGGUCCUCUGCUUAUUACAGAUGAACUUUCUAUUAGUCAUCUCCUUGAAUCAUAUGAUUUCAAUCAAUAGAAGCUCUGCUCAUUAUUCAACGAUCUUGAAACUUUUUUUUUUUCAGGAUGUGGUGUCUUAUCAGAUGACAUCCAGUAAGAUGUCACAAGGCGCAUGCCUGGAUAACAACCACACACAUUUUAUUUUAGUUGAUGAUGGCACGAUCAAUAAAUUUGGAGGAGAGAUUUCUUUUCGCGCAAGUCUUGAGAACUGUAUCUCACGAAAACAGAUGGAGAAAUCGUGUGGUAAAAAACGGAUUAUUGUCAUUUUGCUGUUCUUAAGUAUUUUGGUCAUCGUCAAUCCUUGCCCCAAUUCUAUUGUAUAUGUGGGACGUUCCAUGAUAGAUUCGGGAUCUUAGGCAGUCACGACUGUUACGCUUAUGAAAAACGUCGAGUUAAAAAUUGUACUUAAAAUUGUCUUUAAAUUUUGGGAAUUUAUCUUUCUGUUUACCUUUUUCUCACAGCACUAGAUCUCAUCUCAUGCAUAAUGAAGAGAGGCAACAUUGAAUCCCAAACACAAGAGUGAUUAAUUUUCCGUCGGGUAUUCUCGUUCCCAGACCACUCGAAAUUUGGUGAUCUCUCUUUGUUUUGUUUGGGACAGUUAGGAAAUUAAUUAGGUUUUUUUAGUGUGCGUUCAGAGCUAUUGUCCUGCUCAUGAAACUUUUUGUUUCUCAGCGUUCUCGCUGCCGUCUUCUCUCUUUUUUACUCGAGGUCCCCAUUGCUUAAGCGACGAGAUGGUUAAGAUUCAGAUUUGUGAAGGCACAUUGCUUAUCAAGUUUACUCCUAAGUGAACAGAGAUCUAUAACAAAUAUUGAUCUUAAGCUACAGUAGCAUGCAAAGCGAGGGGACUUUAAUUACAUAGUGUUUUUCAGCUGUUGUAAAUACAAUUUAUUCUUCUUCGCUUGCACUAGACUCUGAUCCCGGAGCCUUAUAUUUUUGUUUGUUUUUUUUAUCGCUAAAAAAAACCUAACAAAUGGUGAAAAUGGGCUGGAGAAGACUUUGUAUCUCAUUUGAUCGUCGAAAAAUAAAACGAAAAAAAAAUUUGAAGGCAGAAUACAUUAACGACGCCCGUAUAAUAGAAAUCCUUAACCCUUUACACCCUAACAUCAGAGCGGAUAUUCUCCAUAUCGUUCUCUAUACAUUUCCUGAGAUGCUCAAAAAGGGAAAUUGUUCAACAAUCAGGAGCUUCUUUUGCUGGUGAUCGUUUCCUGUAUUCUUUUAAUGUGUGAUUCAGAGGUAAUAUUGUAAAGAGAAAUUAGAUGCUAAUCAUUCUUAGGGAUCUAAGAGUUAACAAGCGUUAUUCCUGUCAAUAGUUCCAGACAAACUUAUUUCUGGAAUGUUUUUUUCUGUUCAUAGAGCGAACGCAUGGUGUACCUGUGGUACUGCUCGUUCUAGAGGGAGGCCCCAACACCAUUCGCACAGUCUUAGAAUCUGUUGGAAGGAGUCCUGCUGUACCAGUGGUUGUUGCCGAAGGAAGUGGCAGGGCGGCAGACAUCUUAGCGUAUGCUCAUCGCUUCAUUUCUCAGAGUAGCUGGUGAGUGAAUGUUUAGGUUUACUAUGGGCUGCACUGAACAAACGAACGCAGCCGUUUGUGAACAAAGUUAAGAAUGUUACCUUUUAAGUCACCCAAUAAUAAACAACAUAGAGAACGGUUUCCCACUGAGAGCUGUAGAGCCAGCACCAAAUUAAGUAAUCGAACUCUAGUCAGAACAGAGACGGAUAAAGUAUGGAGCUUUAAUUCGAUAAUUUGGCUCAAUCGCGGAAAAAGUUACUGGUGAACAAGUUGCAAUCGGGUUUAGCUCGCAUCUGACUAAUCAAAGAGUAAAGUUCAGCAAACCAGUAAUAUGGAUAGCUCUCGACUCUCGAUUGAUUUCUCUAUAGUAAUACUGUAUUCAGUUUUAUAGGACUAUCGUGGAGCAGGGAUUAGACAUUGUCAAUUAAGGACACACGAACUUGACUUUCAAUUAUAUAGGGGAAGACAUAAUAUUCACAAAAGUGACGUCGUUUUACUCAAGGUGUUGGGAGAGUUUUUUAAGGAGACUCGUGGGGUGAUAAGAAAAAGGUGGAUAUGCUUCCCUCUAACCAACAAGUGACAUUUGGUGAAACGUUUGCUAGAGGGAAAAAUAUGGGAGAACACUUACACGAAUAAAUUUUAUUAGUGGAAGAGUGAAACACGCUUGAAAUGUUGCUGUUAGCGACUAUAUGUCUUUUCCCCUCUUUAAUCUGCUCUUCUAUCAAGUAAAUGCAGUAUAAAGUUAGCAGUCUUGACUUUUUUUCACAGUGAUGGAGACCUUCAGGAAAUGGUGGAUGUUGUGGAACAUCAUCAACUGUUUGUCAAAAUAGAAAAAGCUUUCCCUGAAUGUGACGAGGAAGAAUGUCUGAAGAUCUACGAAAAUGUCCUGAGAUGUGUAGGAAACAAGAGAUACGUAUGUCCGUUUUUGCUUAAUUUUUCUUAUCCAGUUCUUUUUCCCCAUUGGCCCCAUUCCCCUACCUGUUAUGUGCAGAGGUCAUAACUAAGUGAGAAUACCAAAGACUAUAGUUCAGGUUUCUGAGAAGUUUUAGAUUUUGACAUCAGAUCGCUGAGCCUCAAAGGUGAAAAGUAAAAUCGCGACCAGAAUCCUAACGUGUAGCUGAGAGCCGGCCUGACAUUCCACCGUCUGUAGUUGCUGUGGUCUUCUUACUGGCAUCAAAUCAGUUCCUGAUCCCCCGAUUACCUCAUUUUCAUCUACUAACGAUCUUUUUUAGAUCACAAUUUUCAGUGUGAACGAAGAUGGGAUGGAUAUUGACCGAGCAAUUUUGAGAGCACUUUUAAACGGUAAUUCGUCAUAGGUAGAUCCAUGCCUAUUUUCCUCUUUUUGAUUGAACUGUGAAAAAAAAUGCAAUGAGAAUCAGGAAAUCAUCCAUUUUAAGGGGCCUUCGUUUGGAUAUAAAGCAAGAAUCUCAGGACUAGCCACCUAAUGAAUAUAUUAUCAUCUAGUGGGAAAUUCUCUCGGAGAUGGUCAACUGAAGAAAAUAGUUGAAUGUUUACGGUGAAUCUGACUUACGAGGGCUGACAUAUAUUUGAUUCGUCUACCCACAAUUAGAGUUGUUUCUAAUUUAGAUUUCAUAAGUUAAUUCGUGGUUGCCUCAACCGAAUUAUGAUUUCACCGCCACUGCGAUAGACUACUUGCAUCUUUUGAUUGUUUAGCUGUGAAUAAAAGCUUCCUCUAGAGAUGAUCUUGGCAAGUCUAAUCCAUUACAUUCACUUUCAAGGUCACAGUGCUUCGCCGUCCCACCAGCUGAGUCUGGCUCUUAUAUGGAACAGAGCUGACAUCGCUAAGUGCGAAAUCUUCAAGGAGGAUCGUAAAUGGGAGGUUUGAAGAAAAUCUCUUGUGCAUCCUGUUGAAACCAUUAGGGACUUUAAACGCUUUAAACGAUACUCUCUCACCUCAUCCUCACCCGCCUGAUUCCCAUGAGCUCGUUGGUAAACCUUAGUUUGUUUACGUUAGGACAACUCCCUCAGUUUUCCAGUGUUCUUGCAAGAGUUAUCUUUACAGCUAUUUAGUAAUUUUAUUGAAGAAUCUUGUGGUGAAUUUACAAAAUUAACAUCGCCAACGAGCUCUCCAUUCUAACUUAGGAUCUUUGUUAUGGCUAUGAUUGCCAAAGUUUUUGUGGCUACAGUUAAAAAUUCCUCAUCGGUGACAAUUUGUUUUUCUGCAUUCCGUCAGAUUUCGGUAUUGGAGAGCGCCAUGUUUGAGGCUUUGGUGAAGGACCGUGUUGACUUCGUUGAUCUUCUCUUGGAGAAUGGUGUUAGUAUGUCGUCGUUCCUCACUGCUCGCCGUCUGGAGGAACUUUACAGAGUUGUACGUUAAUUUCUUGCACUCUUUUAUUAUAUUUGUUGAAUUUCCACAUCAUGAGACAUAAGUUGUUUUUGGCUGAUUAUCGAAUGCCUUGAUUUGAUCGGGGAUCCAUCUUUUUUUAUUCAACAGAGGGCAACAAAGAGCUUCACACUUUAUCGACUCUUUGGAGGGAAAAAGGUAUCACAGGGUGCUUUAAAAUUUCUUCACGUUUUUGUGGCUAAACAUUCUCAUGAAAUCUCUGAUGAGUUUUGCAAUUCACGAUUAUACUGAUCUUUACUGUACUGCAGGCUCUUAAAUCCUUCAAACUGGGAGACUUAGCAAGUGUCACUGAACGGCUGUUGGGAAUCAGCUUUGUUCACCAUCACAAAGAAUAUGGAUCGAUCAAGAAGGUAGACGUAUUUAAACUGCAAAUUAUAGAAUUUCAAUCAGGUUCGUCGCAUCGAUCCUCAAAACGCGGAUUUCUUUUUUGGUAAAGACUUCUUCGAAGUCGAGAAAACCCUAAAUUGAUUUCAUUGUGUACAUUCAACAAGUAUGCCUACAAACCUUUGAAGUUGAAGUACGUUCGGUUAAAACGGAUCUCGAGGCCAGCACGCUUAUGGCAAUCAGCUUCCAGUGGCCCUCGUAAAGUCAAGCGCCUUGGUGUAUAUGUGUCUGGCCCUUGAUCAGAUAAACUUCGUACUCAUCAUGAGUUGGGAAGUAGACGACUUCAGUAAAUUUCCGUCAGCUUACACACACCUUUAUCACUGACGCUUGACAUUGGACAAACUCUUGGGUUAUUUUUCCCAGGCCUUGAACUAAUACUCAAAAUUGUCUUAUUUUCCAGGGUAUAGGAAUGGCGAAUAUGAAAAUGUUUAUGUCAACCGCAGACGAAAGCUACUUUGGCGCAGGGUUCAAGUUACCGUACAACGAGCUCUUAAUAUGGGCAGUACUCUCUAAUCUCCACAAAAUGGCACUAUUUUUGUGGGAAAGAGGUGAUGAGAACCUUGCCAAGGCCCUUGUGGCAGGCAAAUUAUUUAAGGCUCUCGCAGAGGAGAUGGCAAAAGAGGAAUUGAAGGCAGAUAUAACAGAGGAACUCGAAACUCAUUCACGGUAUGUGUACAUGCUUUUUAAGUAAACCAUCAAUGAUAAUGCUUUACUAUGACUUUGAGAGAGACUGAAACACCCAUGGACUAUUUUGAAUGAGUUCUUAUGACCAAACUAAACAAAACCUAAUUUUUCCAGUUCGAACUUAAAUCAAUAUAUUUUCCUUUACAUAGACUACAUGAAUAAAGACUUAAUGUUAUAUUCUUAGUCAUGUGUUUUUGUCCUUAGAUUGGAGAGAUUUGAACAUGAAAACCAAAGUUAGUAAUUUUUCGUGCUUAGCGAUGUUCCCCUAUUACUGAUAUCGUAAAUCGGGCCUUAAAAACUUCAUCUGUCUAGUGAUUAUUUUGAAGGAGAAAACGGUAAACUCGUAACUGUUCAGUGAUGAAUAGAUAGAUAUCUUGUGCUCAUAAUCUUAUGGCUGAUCAUACUUUUUUUUAGUGAGUUUCUGGGUAUUGCUUUGGGUUUACUUGAUGAGUGUUAUCGCUCAAAUGAAGACGUGGCACAGCAGUUGUUGACUUACAACUUGGACAACUGGGGAGACCAGUGCUGUCUGUCACUUGCUGUUGCUACAGGACACGAGGAGUUCGUUGCUCACCCAUGUUGUCAAACCCUGCUAACUGAGAUCUGGAUGGGAGCCAUGAAAAUGAGCGAAUGGUGUUCAGUCAAGGUAGAAGUUGUUAUACGGUACCAUCCUUCUUUUAUGACUGCGAUAAAGCCAGUGUUAUUAGCAAGGUUCUCUAACUGUUUAACCAAAGCCAUACUUAUCAUAAAAUAUCAUUGCAUGUAUAUAAGUUAACUUUGAGAUGAUAGAAGGACAACGAGCUAUCCUAACCCAAAUAGGUCUAAUCCCUGUAUACAAGGGCGAAUGGAAUUGCCAAUUAAAUAAAUAUAGUCCAAAAAAACUUGUUGAAGAAUGCUUUUCCACUUAACGUCGUAAAACCAAAGAAAUUAUAACAGCCGAUAAGAAGAAACUGGAAAAUACCUUUCAGAGCCUGUUAGAACUCAACAUAAAAACAACCAAAUUGCAUAAAGCGCGGGAAAACGCGAACCACCUAGUCGUGAUUGGUUUUAGUUUUGCAUCUGAUUGGUGGAGAAAGUGGUGCGAAUAUUCUGACCCAAUCCCAGAGCGAAGUAAAGCAAAACCAGUGCAAUCUCGGAUUACUUUCGACACUCAAUUGAAAUUGCUCUAUUCUUUUAAUUUUAAUUUUGAUAAGCAACCACAGGAUGAUGGCAAAGGGUAUUUAGAUUAAGUCUCGUACACUUAAAACUAAGCUAAUCAUAGAGGUCAAUCAGAACCAAGGAAAAUGUUGCAAAGAACAAAAGAGACCUCAUUGGAAAAACUGCAUGAGGCGCUAGAAGUUGGCGCGAGUUUCUUAGACCAAUCACAAAGAGAGCGCUUAUUGUAGGAUCUUGCUAUACUAGCUAUGUAAAGAAUAUUUGAGAAAAUGGGUCACUGUGGUUCAAGUUUGUAGAUUUUGAGUCUUUAUAUGUUGAAAGUGCAGUUUUUUUUACUUGCAGACCGUUCUGGGCGUCCUGAUUCCACCUACAAUUGCAUUCUUAGAGUUUAAAAGUAAGAAAGAACUGUGUCAAAUGCCAAUCACAUUCGAAGAACACGAACAAGGGCAAACCGAGAAAGGCGAAGAGGAGACUGGGAAUGAAGAAAAAUCUAACGGAGACACCGCAGCACGCUUCUCCAAAACAGAUUCACAAGUGCAUCUCAGGUAAACACUGUCAUGGAAAUUCUCCUCUUAAAUAAUUUCGUUUCUUUCUUUGUCUCUUUGUUUACAAAAGGAGGCCAUCUUGUUUGGUGGUAAUAGUGUCAUCAUAGUGCCUUCCUGGGGUCUCUGAAAUCCACAGUAAUAUCUGAUAAUAGCUUUAUAGGGGAUUACGAAAUGGAACGAUUUUCGCUUAAAUGUCAAAAGUAAUAGGUAAAGCACUAGUCUGAGGUCCCGGGUUCAAGUCCUCCACCCUGCGUUCAAAUCCUUGGCUACACUUUAUAUACAGUCAACUGGUCUGUCUGUGGCAAGUUGGGAUUUUCAGCGCUAUGUUUAUUGACAAUGUUUGUUUCAGUUUGUUUAUUUUAGCCGUGAAAAGCCCCAUUGGGGAAGUGGUCUCUUCAUGUUAAAUUAAAUCAUUAUGAAUAUCAUUCUAUAUUUUGAGUUUGUCAAUUCAAUGAAUUUUAUCACACUAACGUGCUACAUGAGAAUACUUUCAUUUAGAGGCAGCAAAUCUGUGAUGAUGUCACUUGUCCCGUUUUAUUUCUAAUCGAGAAUGAAUCUCGCCUUACUACGGCUUGUUUGCAGAAGUAACAGGUCCCGAUCUUCUGUUCUAGACACAAGAAAAUCUUGAUAAUAAUGGAAAAACGCUUCCAUGUUUUCUACAUGCAGUUCGCUGUCUAGUUUUCUCUGUGUUCCCAUGAUCGUCAUUAGCAUACUGUUAAAGAGAAGAUUGACAGAAAUCCGUUAUUCAUCAUGACUUGGAUGUUAAAUAAAGUCAUGGUUACUUCCUCUUGAGCUUUGUAUACUUUCAUCCGACAAUAAUUCACUGAACGUACACAGUCAAUUUCAAAUUUUGCGUCUCACAAUGCCCUCCUUUUUUGUUGUCAAGGGAAGACAAAAGUCCAUUUGAGGUCGAAAUUAGAUAAUAUGUUCUUCCGAGUUGCGCAUAGAGCUCGUCUAAAACAACCUUCUUGAUUUGCUCAGGAUCUUUGCAUUUGAGCAGAAGCUUGCCGUCUACUGACGCGUCACAGAGAUUAUAUCCUGUUGAGCCAACUCGCCACACAUUCUCGAACAUAAUAUUGUGAGGCAUUCGUCCAUUCGAGACAUCACUGUUGGGGCAGAUGAUUGCAAGCUUAUCCCCCGCAUUAAGAAUCAGCGCUUUGUUUCCAUUAGCAAAGUAUUCGCCCUCUCUAGACCACACUACCGAAACUUCCUUAGCGUUGGUAGCCGCGAGGACAAAAACAGCCGCGACAAUGAAGUACAAAACACUUCGAAUAGGAAUCAUUUUGUAAUUCAGUCGGCUGUGAAAAUGUUCUUCCACUUUAUUGUCUGCUUGCUGGGUUUGUUAUAAUAGUGAUUCCCGCAUGGCGUUUGAAUUAUUAACAUCUUUUAGUCUUUUUCGUAAUUUGUUUGCCGCUAAGGUGUCUAUUUAGCUGGUAGCGAGCAAGUUUUUUUUCCGAGUAUUGACAUUGUGUCGCAUGGUUUCCAGUGUCACUUUGUUUCAUGCGCUGGUAACUUAACCCACCGUUAAUAUGUUAUUCACAUAUGGGUUUUUUUAUUUCUUUUGAAUUCCUGAUUCACACAAUUCUUGCGUUAAAAAAAAAAAAAAAGGAAAAAUGUUUCAGAGGCGUUACUAUUUUCAUUCAUUGUUAUCUUUCGUUUACCUUGAGAAUCUAAUGACCAUACAAGUGUUUGCAGUAAGUUCGAUACAUGUGGGCAAAUUAAUUGUAAUUGAGAUAACUUCCUUUUAAACUUAAACUUGAGAUAACUUCCUUUUUACACAGAAAUAAAAGGGCACUGCUCAUCAAACUUACAUGGACAAUUCUUGUAAUUCCCGUUAAAUAGAUCAUUCUCGCCCUCCAGCCGUACAGAAAGCACGGACUCUCUGAGUGUGAAAAAGCGAUGGAUGGAUGCGUCUGAGAGUCCCAUGGUAGAUCCCAGUUUAGGACGGAAGCUGUUCGAUUUUUAUCGGGCGCCCAUCACCAAAUUUUGGGGAAAUGUGGUGCGUAGGUUACUUUUGAAAUUUGCCAAACAAUAAGAGGUAGAAUAAUUAAGCUUUGAUCCUGUACCACCGGGUUAUAUAGUUUGCUUUUCUCGGGAGGACAACAUGGUGGCCGACAAGAGGUCGGAGCUUUUCUUACGCAUUGCCUUCCCUCUUUGUCUUCGGGGUUGUUGUUUGGAUGCAUCAUACAUCGUGUACGGUUUGUUGCAUAACAAGCUCAGACGAGGGUUGUGAAGGUCAAAACUCUCUCUCCUUCGUCUCUGAAAACGAUUCUUAGGUUGACUUAAUUAAUCAAUUUACGUUUGAAGGGGGUAGGGUAAGGACCGGUUCUUAAGAAACUGUGGUGCUGCGUCGGUAGGGGGGAUUACGAGAUAAUUUGGUUUUAUCAAGAGACAUGAUAAUGUAAAUUGGCCACUGUAAAGAGAUUCUGAAGCUUACGUUUAAAGCGUUAGCCCUUCGUCAGAGCGAAUGUUCUCUUAGCGGUGGCCAAUUUACUUCAUCGGCUCAGUUGAUCAAACCAAGUUAUCUUGACUGACUAGUACUUUUUUAAUGGGGGAGGGAAGGAGGCGACUGUAUAUCUUCAUGUACGCUAAUUGCACGCGUUAUUUUCUUGUUGCAGAUUGUCUACUUCAUGUUCCUGAUUUUGUUCUGUUACGUUAUUUUAGUUCGUCUUCCUGUGACCCCCCCUCCCCAAGAAAUCAUCCUCAUCAUAUUUGUAUUUACAUUGUUUACAGAGGAAGUUAGACAGGUUUGUACGAAUGUAACCUUUUUCAUUUAUUUUCCCCAUUACAUCCAACGUUUGACAUGUUUGCAUUGUUCGGUGUUCCGCCUCUUUUGAAAGUUCCUCGCGUGAUCGUUUUUUAGGUUUAUAUUAUAGCACUCAUAGAUCUACAAAAACUUUUCUUUUCCUAGAAAAUUUUCUUUAGACCAGCCAUAUUGGGCUUGGGUAAUUUAUCACUCUUAGUUAAUUUAUCAAACAAAGAAAUGAUCCCAGAUGGUGAACUACAAUUUAAACAAUUGCAGAAAAGAGUCCUGAACACAUUUGGGCUACGAAGCCACGCAUUGAGAGCGCGGCAGAUUUUAGAAGGUUCAUCUUUCACUGGAGGACGUUGCAAUGUUAAACCAAAGCAAUCCCUUAUAACUGUUGACGCUAAAUUAUAUCGAAGAUUUUUCCUAACAUUUCAAAAAGCGGGCAAGCAGCCAAUUUGACACCGUUCUUAAAGGGUGAUUUACUCACAUCUUUCUUUCCUUUAAUCAUCAACAGGUGCUUCAUUCGGAGUCUAAGAGUCUACUCAAGAAAUUUAAAGAAUGGGGUUCCUGCAAAUGGAAUUUGUGUGACGGUUGUGCCAUUCUGUUAUUCUUUGUUGCUGCUGGUUUUCGCUUGAACCCAGAAACUCUCAAAAUAGGUCACAUUCUUUACUGCCUCGAUAUCAUGUUGUGGAUCAUCCGGGUUCUCGACAUUUUCUCGUUUAGCAAAGUGCUGGGACCGUACGUCGUCAUGAUUGGUCGAAUGGUACGCAUAACUCAAUGGUACAUGUGUGGCUCUCAGGCUGUAUUGAAAAAAGGAAAAUAAAAAAAUUGUUUUAGGAUAUUAAAAAAGUAAAUUACUUAUUGUGGGGUGUACUUGGUAAUUUUAGCAAGUCUACAGGUAAGCCAUUGUAAUAAUUACAAGCAUAUAGUACAAAUCAAAUAUGGCAUGGUGGAAUAACAAAUGAAUAAAUAUAUUGGGUAUUGACAAGCUUGGAGGAAGAGUGAGAUUCAGAGCUACCGAGAAGCACAUCACUAUUAUGUGAAUACGAGAACUUAGAACCUAUGAUGGAAACAAUCUCUGCCUUGCACAGUAUUUUCAUCAUUUUCCAACACUGAUAGGAAGAAUAAGGGCGCUCUCAGUAAUACUGAAAUUACUUAAACCACGGAUGAAAAGAAAAAACAACUUCUCACCAUUUGGAAUGACAUCUGAAGUAACUUGCCAGUGUUAGUUCCCCAUAAUGGCGGGCUGACUAUAACUUGACUAAACCAAUGGUUUUGUUUUUGUUCAGACAAUCGACAUGACGUAUUUUCUGCUUAUCAUGGUGGUGUUCCUGAUGGCGUAUGGUGUGGCGCAACAAGCCAUCUUGUUUCCCUACGAAUCAGGUUCUUGGAACCUCAUUCCCAAAGUCUUCUUCAGACCUUACUUCCAAGUCUAUGGCGAACUGUUCAUCGAAGAUGCCAGCCAUGGUAUGUUACCUUUGUUUGUAUUUCCUAUUAAAACAAAGGACGCAGAAGAAAAAUAGAUGUCAGAUGAAAAACCAAGCAAGGGAAUGAUCCUCGCAGGUGGAGUGCGAUUUUAUGAAUUGCAAAAAAAAAAAAGGCCUGAAAAACAUUGACUUGAUGGGAUUCAAACCCAUGCCCCUAUAUACUAGAUGGGUGCUACUACCAGCUGAGUUACGAAGCCAUACCUUGAGAGCAAGGCAAAAACGCUUAUUACUAUGCAGCGAUUGUAAACCCAAUUUUUGAGAGUUAUUUGUUUGCCAUCUCUGUAAUACCACAAUUGUGGGAAGUCCUUUGAUGUUUAUUGCCGAUCAUCGAGGUGAGAGUAGCCCUGAACUAAAAAACAAUUGGUUCCGUCUUCAACGUGAGUGUUCAGUGCCGGUUGACAGGCUUUGAAAAGAUUUGUUUCGUACCUAUUAGUGUACAAGUUUGUGUACUUUUCUGGAAAGCUGGUCUACAUACUUGCCCCGUCAUCUUUCAACAGAUUUCAUCAGCUACUGGUAAUUAAGGCGGUCGUCGUGUGUUGCUUUUCAUUGUAUUUCCUUUUUGUUUUUGUUUUUGUUUUUGUAGAGGGUCAAAACAGCACAGCGUUCAACACACCUCGUUUUGAUGAAUUUGGUGGAACGCUCGUCACUGUUAUUAUGGCGCUGUAUCUGUUGGUCGCCAAUAUUCUACUGCUCAAUCUCCUCAUUGCCAUUUUCAAGUAAGUCACAGAAACAGGGGCUCAUUGGUACUUUUUGAGGUGGGGUACUAUUAACCACAUGGAGUCCAAGUGUGUCCUACCUCUGUGUGUCCUAACCUGCUGAUGUUAUGUGUUAUCAUUUUAAGUAGCCUGAGAGCUGGCUCGAAGCGUUAGAUUGUCAAGAAUGGCUGAGAUUACGCAUCUUGUAAAGUGACCGUCUCGGCUGUGGAUAACAAACCAAUAUCAUGACAGAGUUGUACUAGGAAUUGUACAAAUGUAACUAGUCGAAAUGUGGCGGUCAACAUGGAAUUUUUAUUUGAAAUUUUUGUCUUUCUUUAAACAAUUUGCUUCAUGUUACCUACUUUUCUACGUGGUUCAACAUUUUUCUGAUUGCCUAUAUUUUAUGAUCAUUAUCUUUCAAGCGUUCAGUAGACAGGGUCCUGAAUAUUCUUCUACUGACCACUGCAUACACUAUCCCUAUCCGCUCAGUGUAUUGAAAGUUACCCAAAGAAAACUCUUGAGAAAGGUGAUUACAAUUUAUAGGUACAUCCACCUAGCGUUUCACUAAUUUUAUCUUCGCGAUAUCUUAAGUAAGAAUAAUAGACCGCAAUCGGUUAAACUAACGCGGGCAUUUUAAUUCUUUAACGAUGUGUUUUUAUGGGAAUGUUUCGAAAUGGAAGUGACUUUCAUCUACUAUGGUUGUGAAUCUUAUUUGUUUUGUUAGCAACACGUUUUCCUAUGUUCAAGCCAACUCAAACCAGAUCUGGAAAUUCCAGCGGUAUCAGCUGAUCAUGGAGUAUACGCAUAGACCUGUGUUGGUGCCUCCGUUUAUUAUCAUCAAUCAUCUGUAUCUCAUUUACAAAGCUUGCUGUAGACCGCGGUGUUGUGUCAAGAAAAGCAAACUGAAACGGAAAAGGGCAGACAAAAAACUAAGUGAGUGACCAAAUAUAGAAAGAUUCUCUUGCUUAGUGUAAAAAGAUUUAUAGAUAACAUUCACGGAAGAAGAAGAAAAAGCUGGAGAGAAAAAGGAGAGAAUUAUCUCGAUGGAGUUGAGAUUGAAAUGAGCCCCUUACCAGCGACUUCCAAUACAAUGUAUAAUACACGAUCCUCCAAAACCUGGCCAAACUUACAUGACAAUUUAUGAUUGAGGAAGGCGCCUUAGUGACUCUGGAUACAACUGUUUUUCUAAAAAAGGCUAUAAAAAACUUUCUUUUUGGUUAUUUGCAUUUUCCCACAUUUUAGCCCCCUUAAGUAUAAAGUUCUCAUCGGUUAUUAUGAUUACCUCAUUAUUUGGUUAGACGCCACUCAUUGGAAAAGCACCCUGUUAGAAGUAGACCACUACUUACUCCUUCUUUUACGAACAUGAUUUGUUUCCUUAACUCUCGCCGUUUCGUCUUGUUUCCAUAUUGUAGAGCUUUUUCUGGAGAGGCAAGAUGUACAUAAACUGAUGUUGUUUGAAGAACAAUGCGCUGAAAGCUAUUUACAACAAAAGGACACGCUGUUCCAUGCUACACCAGAAGAAAGAGUGAGAGUCAUUGGAUUUAGGUAACUGUGCCUGACAGUAUAUCUUGCCUUAUUACUAUAAGUCCUGUUUGAUUUCUUGUUGCUCAUUUCGUAGUCAGAUUUUUCUACCGUUCGGCCAUGAUUUCUUGUCACUUUUCCGAUCCAAAAAUUGGAUCUUGGAUCAAAAAUGGUUCAUUCUUAUCGUGCUUAAUGUUUAUCGCUCAGGGUUGAAUCCAUCAAUAAUCACAUGAGAGAGACAACCCGGGAAAAUGAAACAAAAGCCCAACAAAUUUCAAAAAAAGUCACGAGCAUCGACGAACGCUUAACAAGAAUGGAAGAGUACACUAUACAAAUUCUGGAUAUGCUUGCGAACGUUAAUGGUCCUCUGCCCUCCCCUGCGGAGGAGCGUGAAGAUGCCAUGUCGGAGACCAGCUCGUUGAACAUUGAGUACAGGGAUCAGGAUGAAUUUUCACCCAGAGUUGGCCCUAAAAGAAUGUUCAGCCGUAUGAUGAGUGUUCCAGCGUAUGUACACCGACAGCAAGCAAGCUCAAGUCUCCGUCCUACACCUAUGUACUUCAGACAUAAACUUCCAAACAGCAAUCCUUAUCCAUCUUGGUACCGUCAAUUAUCAAAAAGCAACUGGCACCGGAGCAGCCUUGAGAAAGCAAUCCGUAAAUUUAAAAGAAGUGUCACUUUACCUUCGCUGGAUGAGGUGUCUAAGGGCAGUGGCGGAAAAGCGGAAAAAGGCAAAAUGGAAGCGCAUGUUCCUUUCGCGCAAGUUUCAUCUCGGAUACCGCUGAAACGUGCAGACAGUGAGGGAACAGUCCAAACUCAAGGUAUGUUCUGGAAGCACUUAGUUAUUUUCUAUUUAUUUAUCGCUUUUCAUUACAGUAGAAAAGCUUUGCUAUAUGUGAUAUCAAUACAGUGGUUUUAAAUUAAAAUUCGCUGGAAUUCUACAACAGCUUAGCUAACAUAUAAUUCACUUACAGAGGUUGUUGUGAUCUCGUCUCAGAAUUUUUCAUGUGAAAUUAUUGAAAUACACCACAGAUUAACUUACGGUCAAAUUGAAUAUUAUGGUUUUUAAACCAUAGCCGGUAGUUAAAAUUACCGGCUACCCAUUGGACAGCUUUCCAAGAGAAGUCAGCCAUUGGAUAAAUUGGUUUUGAAUCCCAGGAAGUGAACAAUCAGAGAACAUUUGAGCUACUCAGUCUGAUUUAAUUUUUAGCACAAGCCGCCGCUAAAGGCAAAACCCGCAAGCGGUCAAAUACACUUCCUGAUAACGUACUAUACAGAGAUGCGUUCGCAGCAGCCAGAGAACUGGGACUGCACGUGAGAGCGAGGCAAUCACCUUAUCCAUUGAGCGACCAACAACGUUACCCAGUACCAGACUUCCUUGUUGAUUGGCAGGUAACACAGUUGUUUUUGUUUCUAUUUUUGCUCUGAAAAAAGAUGGAAAAAUUUUCCACUAGCUUUCACUAGAUGUAAUUAACGUGUCUAACGGCUCCUCGCCUCAACUUCAGUCUGACACUCUGUGAGUGCUGUUGAGUUCCAAACAGAAUGUGAAAUAUGAGUUGCCUAGUUCCAGUUCUCAGGACACAAAAAAUUUGGUGAUUGUAUGUUUUUAUUUUGCCGGGGAUGGUUAAGAAAUGCACGUAGGAGACGAGCUAUUGCUCUUCUCAUUGAAGUUUUGAACCUUACAAGCUCAGUGAUAAGUAAUUUUAUUUGUACCACGAUAAAGCAUGCUACUAAACCUGAAUACAAUGUUGCAAGUAUAAUGGUGCAAAGAUAAUGGUAUAAUUCAAAGGGAGUUUAACUUGAAGUGAUUUUCAUUUAGAUGCCGUUCCCAGGCUAUGCUCCGCCAGUGUACACUGCGCUUGAUGUGAUUCAAACUCCGGAGUGGGCCGACGUUGAUCUUUUGGAGUAAGUUAAAGGAAAUACUUGAAUUCCGCUUCCUUGCACAACCAGCUUCUGGUCCAUAUGGCAACAUUGGCUCUUAUAUGUGAAAAGGUCACAACAACUUGAAGUCGAGCGCUUGACUUUUGCGAUCCCCUAAACAAUUGGAGUUUUGGAGGAUUUAAAUUAGUUCUGGUUAUAUCUCUUCUAGUAAAACGAAAACUGUUCGUCAGUGGGGAAAAAAAUACAUAAAUACAUCUAACAUGUACUUCGCUAUCAAAAGUGGUCAAUAUAGAGAAUGCUUAGUAUCUUUGAAACAACAUGCGUCUGUAAUGACUGGUCUGUUUACAGCAGUUUCGCUUCUCUAUGGUUGACAAGCGACCAAGUGCGAAGGGAGCGCGCGAGAACUUGAACAAAAUUGUCAUUCUGCACUUGCUCUUUGGAAGAUAAGAGAAAAAGAUCCAUGAGCGGACUGGUUAUGAUGGAACUUCUCCGUAUGUUGAAGCUAAAAGAAACUUGCAUUUCACAUCUGAUCCUACAAACCUGAUUACUUUUUGUGAUCUUUUAGACCUGCUUAUCAACAUGUAGAGCUGAAUUUCAAUGACGUUGGAAAAGGAGUUGAUCGAAGAAGCUACAUGAAAAUUUACGAAGUUGUCAACGGUAUUCCACGGUGGGUCAUAGAGGUUUCCUGUUGUUUUCUCCUUUUAGACAUUUCUCCUUGAAUUGAACCGGCCACAUAACAAUCUUCGUUUAAGCCCCUAAAUGCCAUAUUCUUUUGUAUUGAAAGUUCUGUGCUAAAUGUUGCGCUUUAUGCAACAGUUUAUGGCUUUGGGCAAAUUGACGUUGAAUUUUCUUUUGAAUACCAACUGUCUUUGCUAGAAAUCCAAUGGGUCGAACGGGAAUUGCCGCGAGAGGUCUUCUUGGCCGCUGGGGACCAAAUCAUUUUGCUGACCCAGUUAUUACCAGGUAAAAUUCAUCCCUUGUCACUGUUCUUUAAUAUUCAGGUAAUGAAUACUUUGUAGAAGAAAGGCAAAGCUUUGUAAGGUCUUACAUAUUCACAUUUGUUUUUAAGCCUUUGCUUAGAGAAGUAAUGAAAACAAAUUUUAUCAUACCAGCGGAUAAAAUUGCAUUAACUCUCCGAUGCAUUUUUAAAGUUGUCAUACGGAAUAACUUUUCUAUUUUUAGCGAGGGAAUUAAUGUACUGCCCGACAGAUACCUGAACUAUGCGAAAUUCUGUUUCGUCAGGCUCACGUAAUAUCUUCACAAGGACAUGCUUGCUAUCGCUGAAGGGCUGAAUACAAAGAUUUCGUUCCAGAAUUUUUAGUCGUUCUAUUGCCUUCAUUGAUCGCUGAUUGCCAAUAAUUGAUUAAUUAUUGUAUAAUUAAUUAUUAGAAUAAUUGUCUGACUGUUCUGAAGCUGAGUCUGCAUGUUUCUGUAUAAACUAAACACUGAAAUUCUUAACCUUUUUUGUUUCCUAAUAGGUGGAAGAGGACUCAAGAUGGAGCAGUUGUUGAACGUUUCGGCAAAUGUGUUAUGGAAUUUGUCGCAGUUCAAUUACGCGACACCUUGGAAUGGGCGUUACCAGGGGUUCGUAAUUACGGCAAAUUCUCUGCCUGCCCCUUUUUCUCAUCAUGAUUUGAUCUAUUCCAUUCCUUUCCCAUCGGAGAUAAAAUGGGCCACGUCUGAGAAACCCAAGGGACCCCAACCUCUCAUUCAAAAAUGUUCUAUUUACAACUGAGAAUUGCGGUUCUGUAAUCAGUCUCUGCGUUAAAGUUUGCGCUUUUGAAACUCUAGAUGGUACAUCGGGGUCUAGUCGGCUUAAAUCAGGCUAUCAGUAAACUUUUCCCUAAGCAACUGCCGAUGGUACAUUGGGCGGCUUUGUCCAGAAAGGGAGCUGUAAGGGCGAAAACAAAACACGACAUCUGUUCGCUGCAUAAACAGACGGUGGUCUCAUGGAGGUCUUACAGAGAUCUUAUAGGCGGCGGUAGACUGCCCGUAACUGGCUUUUAUUGUAUCAAAACCCCUUCUUAUCUCCUCUGUCUCUGUAGUAUCAUGCUAAUUUAACGCGAAUUUUUUAAGUCCCGCUUUACUGAGGACCCACUUCUUCAUAGACCGUACUUCUCACGGAUGAAUGUAUUUUACAGGGAACUGUUGAGGCCGAAGAGACGUUUCCAACCUACCUUCGUAAUGAAUUUUCCGCUGAGACUCUCUGUUCUCCAAGUGCGAGUGAAGACGAAAAGCAACUAAUGUCUGAACGUCUUGAGCAACUUUUUUCCAACGGUAUUCCGGUAAGUGGAUCUAAUUUCCCUAUCACGCCUUCGCUUUGAUCUACUCUUGUUGGUCCCACUGAGGUGUUCUUACAAUUUAAAAAGCCUUGAAUCAAACAGGUCGAGGACAGUAUAGAAGGCAACCAGAUUCUUUUUCAAAUUGCUUAAAUCUUAGUGACUGAAUUUCUUCAUGGGAAUUAUUAUAUAAAAAUCUGUCAUCGUCUUCUCUGUCCGGAUAAGAGAUAUGCAAUGCAGGAUCCACAGUACAACCAGCAUAAUGUAAACUGCGGUGGCUGGAGUCAAACCUGAGCUACACUUAGGUUGUCGUUAAACCGUGUGUUUGAAAAUGAGAUUUAGAGUUAUUAUUGGAAUACUUGUGUUUUACAACUCGAUUGUUUGCUGUGAUACUCGAAUGACCCGUCUCCGAAGGUUUACAAAGGAUAUGUGGAUGAUCCGCGUAACACAGACAAUGCUUGGAUGGAAACAAUAGCCGUGAGUUUCCAUGAUGAUACAGGACUCAUUUUGGACAGCGUUCAUUUUAAGGUAGGUAUUUAAUAAGGUUAUAACAAUUUGUUCCAUGUCUCCGCUACAGUGACCUAGCGGAGCCCCAUAUUAAAACGAAUCGCAAUAUCAUGCUCAGAUCUCUUCCAGUCAUAUUGUAGUUGAGAAGAGUAAGACCUUGACCUUUAAGCAAAACGUAAUCGAAGGCCUAGGUUUCACGUAUUUUACUUAUUAACCAACAUUUGGAAACUGUAUGGAAAAGUUACUCAACACGUGCAUACCUAAACGUUUAUUGCAGCGUCUUCACCGCGGUUUUUGCGCGUUUGUUUGACCUUUCAUAUUUAGCUGGCAAUUUUGUUACCCCUACUCGCACUAAAGACAGACUGUUUUUCUUAUUCAAGACUGGUAUUAACGCCCGCGGUCUCCAAUGGCAGGAAGUCAGCAAUCACCUCAAGUUACAAGCCAAUCACAUUCCAUUCUUGAAGCGAGUUGCAGAGCUUCAUGCAGCCUUGUAUGACUAGCCACUAUCCUCAUCGGCUCAAUAGAGGAUUAGGAAUGGGCUGUUUGCUUUUUAUAGAGAAUGCUAUAUUGUUAACCAAUAAAAUAAGGAGCCAUCGAAUAAGGCGAAACAGUUUCUCAGAAAAUAUCGUAAAAAAUCAAAUCCGAACCAAAAAAUUCGAAUGUUCACACUCUUCCCAUUCCUUUCAGAAAAUGAUUUGCACCACUUGUUGAUAUAAGCUGUGUUAACUACGUGGAUAAUGAAUAAAGGGGGUAGGUUUCUGAAGAAACUGUGGUGUUACGUCAGUGGAAGAUAUUAUAAGAUAAUUAGGUUUUAUCAACUGAGUUGAUGAUGUAAUUUGGCCACCGUAGAGUUCUAAGGCUGACGUUUCGAGUGUUAGCCUUUCGUCAGAGCGAAGGGAUAAUGGACUCCUUUUCUCUUCGCCAACUAACGAAAAUACUCUGUAAACACAUGCUAGUAUUAUCUAUCGACUUGAGGUCUUCCUCGAUUUAACCUUAAGCAGGUCUUUUAUUGGUGACCUUAAACAUGCACAGUAUUUGGAGGGAAUUUUUUUUGGAGGAAGAGAUGUGCAGGGGCGUUUACAUGAAUAAGUUAAUGAAUCUAGUUUUUUGUUCCACGAUACGUAUUAUUGUCACAUUUAGUCUACUGGAGGCGAUCUAUCGACUUUAUUUUAGGAGUUAAUGAAUGCAAUGAGAAACUCGCAUUGAAGUUUUUAGGCUCUGAGCCAACGUAUCUUUAUGGGAAAUUAAGUUGGCUCUGAACCAACAAAACAGGUUUUUUUUUUUUAAUGUUGAGUUUUGUGAAUAAUAAAUGACGAAACUUUUCCGAU